UUCGUCCGUCUCCGCAAGGCGCGCUCGUUUGUUUCUGAAUUCCAGUUUUCCAGUAACGGCGGGCGCGCUGAUCUGACAACAAGGUAAUCUAGACACCUGUGCGUGCGUGACGCGUCAUCGAGUGCAGUGCCGACUAGAUCGCGAAAUUCGCCAAAUCGGUCCAGUGAGCCAUGUUCUAGGUGUUUUGCGGUUCGAGCAGUUCCAGUGAGUGUGUGCACCUACUAGAUUUCGAAAGUUCGGAUUUCGCCGACGAUGACGUUGGAUUCCAGAGCCCUCUUGGCUGUCGUGGCCGGCUUCGUCUUCGCGCAAGGGGCCCAGGUCGAAGUGGUGCCCCGGGAGGCCCUAGUGCUCCCCGGCCAGAACGUCACGGUCAUGUGCCGGGUAGGCGUGCCCUUGCAGUACUGCCGCGUGGAAAUCCCCAACAUGCGCCCCCUCAACCUCAACGCCAAACUGUCUAAUCCCGACGUGGCCUACUACGGGUCGGGACUCUCGGCGGGCCAGUGCGGCUUCACGAUAAACAAGGUCACGGAGAAGAACAACGGACCCGUGAGGUGCAUGCUGGGGAUAGAAACCGAGGCCACGGAGUCCACGGGCACGGUGCAACUGAUCGUCGCCAAGGCCCCCAGGAUACCCGAAAUGGACUUGAGCCGGGGCACCGACUCCCUCAAUAUCUACAAGCUGAACGACGUGCUCCAAGCGUCGUGCGUGGUGAGGGACGGCAGACCGGUAGCUAACAUCUCGUGGUACCUCAAUGAAGAGCCCCUUUACAAUAGUGAGGUUAGCAUGCCCACGAUCAUGGAACUAGCGAAAGAGAAUCUCCAGACCAAAGUCCAGAAUAUGACGCGAGUGCUCCAGGCUACAGACAACGGGAAGUCGCUGCGCUGCGUCGCUUUCCAUCCCGCGUAUCCCGAGGGACGGGCUGAGACGUCCAGACAGCUCGACGUUAAAUAUGCUCCGUUGCCGCAAGCCGAUUUGCAUAAAUUCGGGUACAUAGUGGGACAGCCCGGGCUCAUCACGGUGGUGUUGGAGGCCAACCCGAGACCCAUUAUCGAGUGGGAGAUCGGGAGCGAGAAACUACGGGAGAACCAGAAUGACCAAACCGGGCGGCUGGAGGCGGAAGAGGUUAAAGACAUGGGGAGCGGUCGGUUCGAUGUUAGUUUGAGAAUAGCCGCCAUCAAGAAGGAAGACACGGAGAGGACGUAUACGUUGAGGGCUUACAAUGACAUGGGCAGCUACGACUACACGGUUAUUAUUUCGACCAGUCCGGAACCUGAAGGAAUCGAGCUCGGAAUCGGCGGCAUCAUCGGCAUCGUCGUCUCCAUCCUCGUCGUCCUCUUCGUCGUGUUCCUCCUCGUCUUCGCCAAGGUGACCUCCCGGUGGUGCUUCAGCGAUGGCGCCACCGUGAUCGACUACACGACGGGCGACAGCAGCCACCACGUGACCGCCGACGGAGUGAGUGGGGACGGCGUGGAUAACCCCCACCACCAGGCGUCGCAGGAGUACAUCAACGGGAACGACGUGAAGAAGGAAGAGAAGAAGAUCAACACCGAGGUCUAAGUGGCGGUGUCGCGGGGACUCGAUUUUUCAAUUUUCGUUAUGUCGUAUGACUGCUGUUAGAUCUGAUAGGUUUAUCCCACAAGCUACUAGAUGUAAAUAUUGAAUGUCGUGGAUUAUUGUGUCAAGUUUUGAUUUUUUCGAGGGGGCGCCCUCUAUAGUUGAUUAACUGUGAUGGCGGACCGCGAACAAGAUGGCCGAUUGGCGGCCAUCUUGUUCGCGCGAAAGGUCCAUUGUCUCUCUUAUGAUGCCGAUCUUGCUCUCAAAUACUCAUUUAGUUGUGUACGAGGUGUCAUUCGAAGUAUUACUGCCAUAAUGCAAUCAAAAAUGAGGUUUUGAGCCGAGCGCUAACAUUCCAUAUAUUUUUUUAAUUUUAGUGUGUAUUUUUAUGUAAUAUAAGACAAUAAAUGAAUUAAUUUUUUACGCACUUAGGUUAGUUCUCA